AUGCUCUCACGUGUUGCUGCAGGUGUCAUGGCACCCCGUGCACACAACCGUCGCCGCGUGACCGGAUCCGGCGGAAGGAGGAGGGAAGGAAGAGAGAGUGAGCCGCAGAGGCCCAACAUGUCGCGGCGUGUGUUUGCUUCCGCGCUGCUGCUGCUUCUCCUCGUCGUGAUGAUGUGCGACACUGGUGGUGUUGAAGCUGAUGUACGGGCGCCAGGCCCAGGAUCUUCACCGGAAAAUCAUUUUGUUUGGAGGGAUGUGGAAGAAAGAACAGUGAGUUCGCUCCGUGUUCCCAGUCUUCUUGAGGUGGAUGGUAAGGUGUUUGCCGUUGCCGAGGCGCAGUGCACGGGAAAAAAUGAUGCUGGUGAAGGCAGUUUUACUGGGAUUGCCUCGGGGCUCCUAACGUUGGAUAAGAAGCAAACAAAGGAGGAGUUGGAUGCGAGUAAAGUGAAGACACAAGUACUGGAGGAAUGUCCAUCCGAUAAAGAGGAAUGCGCCUCCCAACCAGAGGGCCAUGCUGUUUCCCAAAGCGAAACGAAAGUACGUGUGAGCCGGCCAACAACAGUUGUGAAGGAAAAUGAUAUUUACAUGCUUGUUGGGAAAUACAGUCCUACAGCUGUUGUUGUUCCUCCGAUGAAUGAUGCCGAGGACUGCGGACUUUUGCUGGUGAAAGGAAAGGUUGGUGGUGGGAGCAGUGACAGUAUUAUUUGGGGAGAUACCUCUGGCGUCCCGUGCAUUUCUACUGUUGAAAAAGAAAAAGUAGCUUUCACACGACUGAUUGGCGGCGGUGGAUUGGGUGUUAAGAUGCAUGAUGAUACGCUUGUGUUCCCAGUGCAAGCCGUGACGAAGGAGGGUGGGAAGGCCGUUUCGCUGAUCAUGUACUCCUUGGAUGCUGCAAAUUGGAAGCUGUCAAACGGGAUUUCUGACGGUGGCUGCAGUGAUCCCUCCGUCGUGGGGUGGAAGGAGGACAAAAAACUCAUGAUGAUGACUGCGUGUGUUGAUGGCCGCCGCAGGGUGUACGAGUCCGGUGACAAGGGGGAUUCGUGGACGGAGGCACUCGGGACACUCUCGCGCGUGUGGGGCAACAAACAGGGCGAAGAGGUGAAGGCCGUUAGAAGCGGGUUCAUCACGGCGACGAUUGAAGGUGAUGAAAAUAAGAGAAAUGUGAUGCUCGUUACUCUGCCGGUGUAUUCUAAGAAUACUGAGAGCGAAGAAAAGGAAAAUGUGAAAAAGGGAAAACUCCAUCUUUGGCUGACGGACAAUACGCACAUUGUUGAUAUUGGGCCGGUAUCCGAUGAUGACGCUGCCGCCAGCUCCCUCUUGUACAAAAGUGCUGGAAGUGGUGACAAUGAGCAGAAGGAAGAGAAGUUGAUUGUAUUGUACGAGAAGAAGAAGGGCGCUGAGGGCAAACCAUCACCCGGCAUGGUCUCUGUGCCUCUGACUGAGCAGCUGCAGCGGGUGAAGGAUGUGCUGGCGACGUGGAAGAAAGUGGACGACCUUGUCUCCGAGCUGUGCCCCUCUGAGGAGGAUGGCUCACCUGACGAUGCCUGCAGCCCUACUGUUAAGAUCACGGAUGGGCUGGUUGGCUUUUUGUCGGACAACUUCUCUGAUGGCACAUGGAAAGACGAGUACCUCGGGGUGAACGCCACAGUGAAGGGGAAUGAUGAUGAGGGUAAGAAGGCAACAAAGACUUCCAAUGGUGUGAAGUUCCAUGGAGCGUGGGCGGAGUGGCCCGUUGGCAAGCAAGGGGAGAAUCAGCUGUACCACUUUGCGAACUACAACUUCACUCUUGUGGCGACGGUGUCCAUCGAAAAGGUGCCGACGACGGAGGGUCUUAUUUCUUUGAUGGGUGUGCAGAUGAAUGACAGCGGGAAGACUGUACUUCUGGGAUUGUCGUACAACAAGGAAAAGAAGUGGAAGGUGCUGUGUAGUGGCGAAAACCCUGAGGAUCAAAGCCGCACUUUGGCGACGGAGACAAAACACCACGUCGUAAUUUUGCUACGGAACGGUACCCAAGGCUCCGCGUACGUCGAUGGUCAGCGUGUGGGUGGGGGUGAAGCGUGUGCAUUGGAGAAUACGGAUUCAAAAGAGAUCUCCCACUUCUACAUUGGAGGGGAUGGAGAAAAGGCAGACAACAAAGAAGGCGUGUCUGUGACUGUUACGAACGUCCUGCUGUACAACCGCCCGUUGAAUGACGAUGAGAUUACUGCGCUUAACACAAAACUUUCUAUUCCAAAAGCAAGAGGUGCAAAAACAGUGGAUGGGGAUACUCCACCAGUGGUAAGUAAACAAGCUACGCUGGAAACCGAAACUCCGUCUAGUCAUGUCGGGCAACAGCAGACUGAACAGGGCUCGUUGAGGACAAGUGAAAAUGCGGGGAGUGGCGGUUUAUCCACAUCAGCGGCAUCUCCUGCUAGGAAUUCCCCAGCAGCCAAAGAGUCCGAAGACCAGUCAGCGUUGGGAGCAUCUCCCGAAGGAUAUUCGAAUGUGGAUGUUGAUUCUUCGUCCGAGGGAGGUCAAACGGUGGAUGCCGAAGCUGUAGACAUGGUGCAGGGAGAUGAAACGCAACAACUGUCAGCGGGCACUCCCGCCACAGCAGAUACAAAUGCCCCUACCGCUGAAACCAUGGCGCACGAUGGAACCGCAGUGACACCUGAGGUGGGAGGGCACUAUGGUGAGAAUGCGGCGAUGGUGGGAGGGACGGAUGGUCAGAAAGGGGAGGACAUCCAUGCACGGGACGGCGAAGUAAAGGCUGCGGCACUCAACAGCAGUCUCGGAAAUUUGUCGCAGGGGAAUAACAGCGAUGCCGGCACUGUGCGUGGGAGCGGACUGCUGCCGCUGCUUCUUCUGUUUGGGUUGUGGGUGUUUGCGGCUCUGUGA